AUGGAUAACGACAAAGAAUGCUACACAGAGCAAAGGAAGAAGAAAGCUGGAGCUGUUCUUAAAAGUUACUUUCACCUCCAUCACCGUCCGUCCACCGCCUCCUCCCCUCCGGAACCGUUGGUUGGACCAUACUACAACCUAAUAGUCGUGCCUUUUUAUUUGGGAGGGGCUAAUCCAUUGCAUUUCCAAGGCCAGCACAUCUACCAAGAUCUUAUCGAUAAUGCUUAUAAGUGGAUGAUCCACAUGUAUUCGGUUCAAGUUGCCGGCAAUCUAGCCCAAUGCUGCUACAAAGCCCUCGUAGAUAGUGGAAGCAAAUACAUUUAUGGCCCCCGUGCUCUAAUCUAUGCAAUCAACCGCCAAAUCCUCAACCGGGAAGUUCCUCUUGGUGGAGUGACAUUACUUGAAGCCGAUGAGUUUGAAAAUUUUAACCAAUUGCCUGGAGUACUUUUCACCUUCGGUGAUGGUGGACACGUUUUUGAUAUGCAACCGGAAGACUACAUUUGUCCAGAUGAAGACACGCCGGGAAGAUUUAGCACCGUCUUUAGACCAAUGGUCUUCCCAGACGGCGAACCACACUUUGUUUUGGGAUUCCCUUGGCUCCGUCGAUACCACACGAUCUUUGACUUUGGGCAAAGGAGGAUCGGAUUUGCUCUUGCUCUUGCGUAA